UCAUAGUGAAAAUCACAAAACAUAUAAUAUCUAUUGUCUCUGAUAUAAUACAUGAAAAUUAUAAAUAGGGAAAUUGAAUAAUGACGUUACGUGACCUUCGCAGAAAAGCUCGAAAGAGUUCAGUGUACCAUAAGCUAAGAAGAAGACGAAAUUAGCGAAAUAACCUAACUUUUUUCACGUGUAAUUUUUCAGUGUUUGUUAUGUUAUGGUUUUGAUUGAAUUUGUGAUUUAACAUGGCAAAACGUAAGAAUAAAAGAAAAUCGGCAGAUUAUGUUCACUCUAAGAAAGAAUCAGUGAAGUCCAAAAAUGUUAUGAACCCGUUUGAAAUACACGUCAAUAAGGAGAAAUUACGAGUUCUUGGUAAAAAACAAAAAAACGAUCGAGGUGUGCCAGGGAUAUCCAGAGCUAAAGCUAUCCAAAAACGAAAGCAUACUCUUUUAAAAGAGUACAAAGGUUUGCACAAAUCUAACAAAUUUAUGGAUAAACGCAUUGGUGAGAAAAAUUAUAUCAUGACAAAUGAAGACAAAUCUAUGGCUCGUUUCACAGCUGUAAGGGUUAAGGCUCAUAACAAAAAGAGCAUCUUUAAUCUAGCUGAUGAUGAAGUUCUCACACACAAAGGUCAAACAUUAAGUGAGAUUGAAAAGUUUGAGGACCCAAGGUCUGAUGAUGAGAGUUUGGAUGAUGAAAAUGUGUCUGGAAACUUAGAUCAACAAUUUGUAGCAGAUGCACAUUUUGGUGGCGGGGUUUUGAAAAACACUGGGAAAGAAGGUGCAAAAACACAUAAAGAACUUAUCGACCAGCUUAUAGCUGAAUCUAAAAAACGUAAAGCAGAGAAACAAAAAACCAAAGAAGCUACAUUGGAACUUACUGAGAAGCUAGAUUCAGAAUGGAAGGAUUUGCUGCCAAUUGUGAAUCCAAGCAAAAAAGUUGAAGAAGAGGUUAAUAAAUCUAAAGUGGAUGAUUAUGACAAAGUUAUGCGGGAACUUAAAUUUGAAGCACGAGGUACAGUAUCGGAUAGACUAAAGACUGAAGAUGAAAUAGUUAAAGAGGAAAAAGAGAAAUUAGAAAAAUUAGAACAAGAGCGAGUGGAGAGAAUGAGAGGAGAUUUAAAACAAAGUAUUUCAAAACCUAAUCACAGAAGUGCUGAUGACUUAGAGGAUGAUUUUGUUUAUGAAUCAGAUCCCGAAUAUAUGUUAAGUUAUAACAAAGAAGGAGAAACUAAUGUACAAAUUGAUGCAGAAAUUAAUGGUGUAAUCAUAACUCAGAAUAAUGAGUCUGAAGUUGAAGUAAGUCAAAAAAACAGCGGGGACCGUUCUGAUGAAGAUGAAGAACCAGAAAUAGAUUCAGAAGACAAUCUCUCUGACUUAAAAGAUGGUGAUAGUGAAAGUGAAAGUGAUAUUGAAGCAUCUAUUGCCACUGGUAAAAACGAGUUAGAAAACAGAGACAUUAAAAAUGAAGAAGUCCUUAAAGUUAAUAACGACAGAAGAAGUGACAUAAAAGAGGAUAAGAGCCUGCAAGACAAAAUUAAAGACGAUUUAUUGAAGAGAAAGGAAGUUAUGGAACAAGCCAGGAAAGAACUACCUUAUACUUUUACAUUGCCCGAGUCAUAUGAAAGUUUACAAAAGACCUUCGAAAAUCAAUCGAGCAGUCAUCAAAACGUUAUAAUAGAGAGGAUGAUUAAAUGUAACCAUCCUAGUUUAGCGGAAGGGAAUAAAGAAAAUUUGGGAUUACUUUUCGCCUACUUAUUACAAUAUGUCAAUGAUUUGUUUGAGGAUGUUACUGAUGCAGAAUCUAUUAAAAAUAGUUUUGAAAUAUUUAGUGCUCUAAUACCCCAAAUUUACGACUUGGCGCAACUCAAUCCUGAAAAUGCUCAUCAUUCUGUAUUAGAAGUUAUGAAAGAAAAACAGGGAGAGUAUAGGAAAAAACCUAAAGAACAUCCGGGAUACGAAAUCCUGGCAUUUCUUAAAUUGGUCAGUUCGUUGUUCCCUACGUCUGAUUUCCGACACCAAAUUGUUACACCCUGCUUUGUUUUCAUUGAACAGAUGUUGACAAAAUGCAAAGUUAAAUGUAAGAGAGAUAUAUCAUAUGGAUUAUUUCUAUCAACUUUAAUACUAGAGUACACAGUUAUAUCUAAAAGAUAUCUUCCAGCCGUGAUAAUUUUUCUGACAGGUAUCUUACAUAUGGCUGUGCCUAAAUCCAAACCCAAACUAAUAAAAAUCUUACCGCCGUUUAAAGCUACAGCAUCCGAUUUGGUCUUACUGGAAAACUAUAGCUUAGGGAGUUUCAAAUCCUUACACCUCGACAGUAAAGAUUUAGUUAAUGAUGAUAUCUCUGAAGAGUACAAAGUUAGAGUUUUAUAUGUUGCACUGAAGUUACUGGAAGAGUUUUAUAAUAACCUGAAAGAAUUGUCCAGCAGUAUAGAAAUAUUCAACCCAGUCUUGAGAUACUUGGAUAUGAUCCCCACCUGUAACUAUCCGAGGGAAAUUAAAACUUGCCUCGAAGAUUUAACGAAUACAUUGAGGAAUGGAAAAGUUAAUAAGAAACUUAAUUAUAUUAUAAUGGCAGCCGAAAGGCCUAAAGCAUUGAGGCUAUAUGAACCUAAAAUUGAGGAGGUCUAUGAUGGUAAGAGAUAUAAAAAACAAUCCAAAGUGAAAGCAGAAAGAGAUAAAAUGUUACACAAACUUAAAAAGGAGACCAAAGGUGCGCUUAGAGAGAUUCGAAGAGAUAAAGCAUUUUUAGGCAGAAUUAAAAUUAACGAAAGGAUACAGAGUGAUAAGGAAAGGAAAGACAAGGUUAAACGACUGUAUGCAGAAGCUGCAAUGCAGCAGAGUGAGCUCAAUUCACUUGACAGAAAAAGAAAAAAGAAGUAACAAACACUGUUUAUUUUUUAUUUAUAUUGUACAAAAUACAACUUUUUAAAUACAA